UUCUUAUCGGCGCCCUUCUGGGGUUCCUAUGCAGAUCGCUGCCGCCAAGGUAAAAAAUUGCUUUUGGGUUCGCUCGCCUGUUGGGUUCUCUUCACCAUACCGUUGAGUUUCAUUAAACCAGAAGCUGUGAAUUGUAUCGAACGUAAAAAUGAGACGGAUUUUGUUUUGACUCUGACACGCACCAAACGUGAUCUUUCCGCCUAUGAUAUGGCCGACAUGAAUAAGGAGAGCGUGGAGAGCAUCAACUCACUAGCAGCUUUGCAAGGUGUUGCCACAAUGCCGGCCAACGAAGUGGUGGAGGAGUCGCAUAGGAGACGCAAACGUUCGCUUAUUCCUCGUAUUGACGCCGGCAUAUCACCCAUCCAUAUAAACUUUGUCAGCAAUUACGAUGAUAAACAGCAUCGUGACUAUGUUAGCCCGAUAUUCUCGUCCAUGGUAUAUCGCACACCAGACAUCCAAAAAGCAUUCUUCCUGCUUUUGCUCGUCAUACUCAUAGGUGAGUUCUUCAGCGCUCCAGCCAUCACACUCGCCGACUCAGCCGUCAUUACUUUGCUCGGCGACGAUGCAGACAAGUAUGGCCAUCAACGCAUGUUCGGCUCACUCGGUUGGGGCAUUUCCAUGUUCGUUGUCGGCAUUGUACUCGAUCAUUCGACACGCUUUUCACAUCAUCCUUGCGGCGCAGGUCACAUGGAAAAGAACUACAAUAUUUGCUUUGCCAUUUUCUCGAUUUUGAUGACUUGUGCCAUAGCGUCGGCCUCAAAGAUCACAUUUAAAUAUGAUCCGAUCGAACUUGACCAACAGACAGCCGAGAAUCCGGAUGCCACGGCAAAUAAGCAAGCCGAAGAUGAGUCUAUGGCCGAGUUAGCUGCGCAGCUUAAUUUGCCUUCAUUAGCGGUUGGUAGUGGUACGACUGCAGUUGGCAAAGCACCACAGGCCGCAGUGGGUGCACAGUCGAAAAUAUUUGCUCAAACUACUAAGGAAAUGCCCGAAUGGCUGACCGUGUUGACACAUUUCAAGGAUAUGAAAACCAUUUCUUUCCUAUUCGUCGCUUGGUUCAUGGGCUUCGGCAUCGGUCUGAUUUUCACGUUUCUCUUCUGGCAUCUGCAAGAUUAUGGCGGCACCCCCACGCUCUUCGGUGUUGCCUCUGUGAUCAACCACGUUUCCGAGAUCUUUGCAUAUUUCUACAGUUUCCGCUUCAUCACACAAAUCGGUCACAUCAAAGUGUUGUGCCUGGGCUUGGUUGGUAAUGUGUUACGCUUCUUGUACAUCUCCUACGCGACCAAUCCUUGGAUGGUCUUGCCAUUCGAGCUGAUGCAGGGUAUCACACAUGCCGCCGUUUGGGCCGCCUCCUGUUCGUACAUUGCACACUGUACACCCAAACAUUUGCGAGCCUCGGCCCAAGGCGUACUACAGGGUAUACAUCACGGUCUAGGACGUGGCUGUGGUGCGAUCAUUGGUGGCAUGUUCGUCACAUACUAUGGCACUACGGAAACAUUCCGCGGCUAUGGCUUGGCUUGUCUUGUGGUCUUGGGUGUUUUCGUUUUCGUGAACUUCUAUCGCAAAGAUCAAGGCUUCAUUUCGGAAUUGCCACCUACGGAGGACCCGCGUCAGGUAAACGUCUUUAAAAAGUNUGGCAACAGCUACGGCACUUAUCAGACUACGGGCGGUAAUCUCGACAUACCUGGCGCUAAUCCACACAAUCCCUUCGCGCAAUAA